CAGAGAUUCAACAGAGGAGAGGAAAAGGGACUCCUAAUCUGACAGUAAUUUCCUUGGUUUUGCUAUACAUCUGUCUGCAGAGAUGCCAGAUAAAACACCAGGUGGUACAGAACCUGUUCCCAGGAGUGAAGAUGAUUUCCACUUACCCCUUGAUGUCUUACCAGCUGUGACAGAGGCCCUUGACUCCAAGACGAAAGGGGAAGAUUUGCACAAGGAGAGCAGACCUUUCUGCUACUGUGAAAAAAAAACCAUGGACCUGUCAGACAGUGACCGUCCUGUCAGCUUUAGCUCCACUUCCUCCUCUGCUUCCUCCAGGGACAGCCACUGCUCCUUUGGAAGCCGAAUGACCUUAGUUUCAAACAGCCACUUGGGCUUGUUCAACCAGGAUAAAGAAACGGGUGCUAUCAAGCUAGAACUGGUCCCAGCCAGGCGAUUUUCCAGCAACAAGCCACGCAAAAACUCCCCUGCAGAGCAAGAGGAUCCUGAGGAAAGCCUUGAAAAAAGGCUAAGCAUGCCAAGGAAAGCAGAACCAAAAGGAGCAAGCAAAAACUGUGCAAUGUCUAUUGCCACAGAGCCCACCAGUCCCAAGCUCCUCUAUGUAGACAGAGUUGUCCAAGAGAUUCUGGAGACAGAGAGGAUGUACGUGCAGGAUCUAAAAAGCAUUGUGAAGGAUUACCUUGACUGUAUCACUGACCAGACCAAGCUCUCCCUGGGGACAGAAGAGCGAUCAGCCUUGUUUGGAAACAUACGGGAUAUCUACCGUUUCAACAGUGAACUUCUACAAGAUUUGGAAAACUGUGAAAAUGAUCCUGUAGCUAUAGCAGACUGUUUUGUUUCCAAGAGUGAAGAUUUCCACAUAUAUACGCAGUACUGCACCAACUACCCAAGGUCAGUGGCUGUGUUGACAGAAUGCAUGAGGAACAAGACACUGGCCAAGUUCUUCAGGGAGCGACAAGAAGCACUGCAACAUUCUCUGCCCCUGGGCUCCUAUCUCUUGAAACCCGUCCAGCGCAUCCUCAAGUACCACCUGCUUUUGCACGAAAUAGAAAACCACCUUGACAAGGACACUGAGGGCUAUGAUGUGGUGCUGGAUGCCAUAGAUACGAUGCAGAGAGUGGCGUGGCAUAUAAAUGACAUGAAGAGGAAACAUGAACAUGCCAUCAGGCUCCAAGAGAUACAGAGUUUGCUCACGAACUGGAAAGGGCCAGACCUCACGAGUUAUGGGGAGCUGGUGUUAGAAGGAACAUUCCGCAUUCAGAGAGCCAAAAAUGAGCGCACGUUGUUCCUCUUCGACAAGCUGCUGCUAAUUACAAAAAAGAGAGAUGAGAUGUUUGUAUACAAAGCUCACAUAUUGUGUGGGAAUCUCAUGCUUGUUGAAGUAAUACCAAAGGAACCACUUAGUUUUAGCGUCUUCCACUACAAAAAUCCCAAGAUGCAACAUACUGUCCAGGCAAAGUCACAGCAAGACAAGCGCCUUUGGAUUCUUCACUUGAAGAGAUUAAUUCUAGAAAACCAUCCUGCUAAAAUUCCUGCCAAGGCCAAACAGGCAAUUCUAGAAAUGGAUGCCAUACAUCACCCAGGCUUCCACUAUAGCCCUGAGGGAGAAAUUAAAUCUUCGUACCAGCCUAAAGAAGGCAGUGCUCCUCACAGAGUGAGAAGGAAAUCAGAACCCUCAUCUAGAGUCCAUAAGGUUUUGAAGUCAAAUGCUGUAAGUCCCGACAUGCAGAAGCGGAUCAGUAUUGAAGGAGCCCUGCUAUCUAAAGCCACCAAACUAGGAUCAAAUGACGCCCUGCUGAAUUCUAGGAAGAAGGUUUCCUUGGAAUCCAGUGGGCUGGAGAGCCAGUUUCAAGAGUCCAUUGAGCCAGCCUACAGCAGUGAUCAGGAUGAAAAUCUCCAGACUUCUGCUACAGAACAGAUUGAUGCUGAUGAUGAAGAAGAGUCUGAACAGGGAAUGCAGCAAAACUCACUGCAGAAAUCAAAAGGGGGAAGAAAAAGACUUAACAGUCAAGCUGCUGAAAAUGUUGAGAAACGGAGAAGUAUUAAUCUCAACAAGUGUGAAACACAGAGCUCCAAGGACCCUUCAGAUGAAGAGUCAACCCCGUUGAAUACCGAUCUUCCAUUUUCCUGCACAGCUAGACAGCCACAGUUGCCUAGACAAUUCAGCACACCCCAGAGCAACUCACUAAUCAUGAAUAUCUUGGGGGGAAGUACCUCUAUUAGAAACAUCUGGACUGACCAUCAGAUCAGGCAGGCAUUGUUCCCCAGCCGGCGUCCACCUUAUGAGAAUGAAGACGACGAAGAUGAUUAUCAGAUGUUUGUACCAUCAGUGUCUACAUCCAAUGCCAGUUCCACUGUUGGUGGAGAGAGGAGGAGUUCUUCUGGGCGUCCAUGCAGCUGGCACCUGGGAGUAGUACAUCAAAAUGAGACUUCCAGCCCCACUCGUCACAAAGUUGUUAGGCGGGCCAGUAGUGCUGGUGAAAGUAACACGUGUCCAGCUGGCGCCAGGUAUACAAUUGGGGAGCGCAGUUCUCGAAGGGAAGCAAAGAGAGCAGAGGUGAGCAGUAUGAAUGUGUAUCCUGAAUCUUCAGAGGAGCUGACCAUCGAUGAUAUUGAACAUGUUUAUGAUAAUAUAAGCUAUGAAGACUUAAAGCUGAUGGGUCUGACACGAAGGGAGGAGACAGACCGCGGUCCCCAGAGAUCUGCUAGAGACUCUCUCUACGAGGCUGAAAACAAAAGCAGCUUAGAUUCACCCUCCAAAAAGAGGACACAAAAUCAAAACAGGACCUCCAUUCGUGCUAGUAGGGAUGAGAUACUACUCAGUAGAGAAGCACCUACUUCAAGUCUGGAUGAGCUCAGGAUUGUUGAAGACAAUAUCUAUGACACCAUAGUGCUCCCAGAAGCACCACUGUUGAAUUUAAAAAGUGCUAAAAGGCGGAAUUUUCUGGGUCUGGAAAAAGACUUUGCAUGUUGUGACAAUUUACAGCAGUUUGUUUCUGAAGAGAGUCUCCAGUUCAGUGAAGAUGAAAGUCCUUACCAUCGUGUUCCUGUCGACAAUGAUUAUUUGAGCUUAGUAGAUAGCUCCUCCAACUCUGAUUCACUCUCCCAUAAGUCUGCAGCAGAUAAACUCUCAGAGGAAGUAGAUGAGAUUUGGAAUGACCUGGAGAACUACAUCAAGAAGAACGAGGAAAAGACAAGAGACCGUCUUCUUGCAGCCUUUCCUGUUUGUAAAGAUGAUAUGCAGGAACGGUUGCAUGCUGGUAGUACACCUGAACUAAGUAAAGAUGUAGAGUACUCACUGUCCACUCUCUCUCUGCCAGAAACUCCUAUUUUCCCUAAAACUGUGAAGCCCAGGGCUGCCACCUUAAGUGAGGCUAACCUCAGGCUUGAAGACACUACACCAUACAAGGAGAACUCUCUUUUGAGUCUGAACAGAUCUUCCUUCUCCAGUGAGGUGCCUUUUGUAGAUAGCCCAUAUGAAUCUGCCAAUAGUGUUCUGUCCAACGUGCACACAGAGGGUAUGGAAAAUGACUUGGCUGUUGUGGAUAAAACAAAAAACAGAGUUUUUAUGAUGGCAAGACAGUACAGUCAAAAAAUAAAGAAGGCUAACCAACUUUUGAAAGUUAAAAGCCCAGAGCAGGAACAGCCAGCUAGCAGACAACAAAAACUGAAACACAAAGAUCUUGCUGCCAUUCUGGAGGAGAAGAAACAGGGUGGUCCUGCUAUUGGUGCCAGAAUAGCUGAAUAUUCCCAGCUUUAUGACCAAGUCAUCUUUAGAGAAAGUUCACCUAAGGUUCAAAAGGAAGCCUGGACCACCCCUCAGGAGCCAUCAGUCGGGAGGUAUUCCACACCGGUGGCUGCAUCUCCUUGUUCCCAGGCUGACAGUGAAUGCUCAAGAGCAGAGGAUUGGCCUUUGCAUUCUACCUACAGUAACGGUGAGCUGGCCGACUUCUCUCCAUGGUCUGAAUCCCAAGAGCCAAAGUCAAAGAGCUCGUACACAGAAGCUGGUACAAAAAGCAAUUCAAGGCAGUUGCCAUCAGCUGGCUCGGUGCCUUCACUUCAGAUUUCUAACCGUUUGCAUGUCCCGGCACAGAGGUGGAGCACCAUUAUAAGCCAACCAAACAAAGAAAAUUUACAUCAAGAUAACAUCUAUAACUCCCUUGGGAGAAGAGUAACCAAUGUAAAACCACAGGUUUACAGCAGGUCACAGUCAUCUUCUUCGAUUGUGGUCAACAGGUCUGGAGAAGCCAUCAUAUAUCCUAAUGAAAUGGAGAAGAAAAAGCUGCAUUCAAAUAGGAACUUCCGAUUCAACAGCCAUCAAACACCAGGUGUUGCAUCAGGAUGUACAGGGCCUGAUAAGAGAAAGCAGAUCCCUGAAAACUGUUCUGAUAUGAUUCUGCAGGAUUCUCAAAAGGUCCUGAGAGUGAACAGGGCUUCCCCUCUGACAGCACAGAUGGCCACUCAGAACUAUUUUUCUAAUUUCAAAGAUACUGAAGAAGAAGGGGAUGAUGAUGACUAUGUUGAAAUAAAGUCUGAAGAUGAAGGAUCUGACUUGGAGACCUCUCAGAACCAAGCAAGGAAAGUGGAUCCUAAGCUGCAUAAUGCAGAUGCUGCUCCUUCUGAAACUCUCUGCAGCAAAACUGUCUCUUGUACUCCUGCCAAGUCUGACAGCAGCAAACAUGCACUUAACCCCUAUCUGACUGCAUACGGUGAUUCGGAUAAACUGAACGACUACCUGUGGAGAGUACCAUCUCCUAAUCAGCAGAAUAUUGUCCAGUCUCUAAGGGAGAAGUUUCAGUGUCUCAGUUCAAGUAGCUUUGCUUGAUGCUUUCAGAAAUUUCUAACUGUACUGCCUUACUAUGACAGAGUAUAUACUAGGACACUCAGUACUGGCGUCAUAUAUUUCUGUAAUAUUACACAAUCAGAGGUUGUAUCACAGUAAUGUUGUAAAUAGAUGUGAAAUGUAUCUUUUUAAAAUGGUUUAGGAUCCUGGAAGUGAAAAAGGCCAUGUGCACAGUGCCUGGGGUCUCACUCUAUAGUGCAGGUUGACUUCUCAUCUCCUCUUUAACCUCCACAUCUCUUCCCUUGUUAGGUGUGAUACCCUUUGAUUCUUACCGAGCCAGGUGUCAUGCCGUUUUAUCAUGUGAAAACCUUAGUAUUUGGACUUUUGAUUUGGUGACCUGUGUUCUGCAUCCCAAAUACUUGUGUGAUUACCCUGGUUACAUAUGAAAGCAUUCAGCUAAGCAGCUACUCUUGUGACUGCAGAUUUCUGAGCAGGAUGCUUGUAGUUACACCAACAUGCCAAGUGUGUGAAUGCACAUACUUUUUGCACGUUACUUUUUGACAUACAUAUUCUGAGAGUGUGGGACCAAUGCAUAUGCUAUAUUACUAUAGAACAGGCUCCUUACAUUUGAAACAAAAUCUCAUCCGAGUGUUUGUCUGGAAUGCCAGACUGAUAGCUCUGUGUCUGAAGCCUUUUCUGCUUUCUUUAACUGCAUAGUAAGUAGAGGAUGGGCAGCGAGAUCUAUUUCUGUGAAUCAUUGGAUGUGACACAGUCUUUGUCUGGAGGAUGUUUUGGGCAGUAGAAGGCAAGCUCCACUGCCUGUGAAGAUGGCUAGACUGAAUUUGGUACCUCCAGAGGUGGUGGCUUUUGUGACAGGCAGACAAAAUUUGAGUAUCUUGUAGCACAGAGCCCAGCACUGGAAAGUUGCUGGGUGUGAAUUUGUUGAGUAGCUGCGUUUUAUAUGCAGCAACAAGAAGGGUAUUUGUUCGAGUCCCAAAGUCAGUAGCCCUGAGAGAGAAAGGGGCUUGGCUGGAUGCUUGGGCGAAAUACAAAUUUUGUGGUGUGUUUGGCCCAUAGGGUGCUUCAGCAAUACUGUCGCUGAGUGACAAGCUGCCUUCCCCAGGGAAUGUAUCUCCUGUAGUAGGAAAGGAUCCUUCCUGGCAGAGAGGUGAAAUACAUAUUUUCUCAACCAGCCGGGGCUGACUCUAAUGCCAUUUAUGUACAAUAAAAGUAACUUUAAAAAUUAGAAUACAUUCCAUUCUUUUGCAAAUAAUGCAUAGAAUAAAUGCUGCCAUUAACAGCAAGACCUGGCUUUCCAAUACAAUGCAAAUUUACUCCCCUUUAUCAUCUUCGUUGCACAGUAUUGGAUUCUGUUACUUGAAAACAUUGUACCUAAAGGCAAGUCUAAGUAUAUCUAUGCAGAUCAUCUUGUGUGACUGUUCUUUUUUGGUGCUUAAAUUCUUCAGAUUACAUGGAUAAAGCCAGUACAGAGUUAAACAUAUCACUAAACAAAGGAGUUUAACUGAAGUACUGUUUUUAUUAGUCACUCCCCUCAGCUACAGAGCACUAUACUUCCAGGACAGACAACUAUGUCCUACAUUGGUUACCAUGAGGAAAACCUGAAGUUAUCUGUGUACAGCUAAUUACUGUAGACUAAGAUUUAAGGACUUGAACUUGUUAGAAUGGAUUAAAUUAUUUACCGCAUGGAUCUUGCAUUGGCUAGGAAUUGUUUUGAGGGCUGGUUGGUCAUGGUACUUACUAGCUCGUACCACAGGGAUACUUGUUACAGCCAGCACAUCUACUGUGAUGGGACCCACAUCUGUCUAGCAAAAUCCGAUUGAGAAAUAAUGUUGUACAUAUUUAAGAUGCUGAAGUGUAGCAGAGCCCAUAUUUAUUUAAUAUAGCUUGUAAAGUAUUGUAAAUAUGAAUAGAAGUUAAAUUUGUGCUUUACUCAUGCACAUCUAGAUUUGUUUAAACAGCUAGGGGAAUGUUGUUUAACUCGCAUCUCAUGCAAUCAGUGGAUUUGGGGGGCGG